UUGAUAAUUAGGAGCCUCUUGCCUCGCUAUGAUUAAGUAAACCUAUAUUCAGUACCUUGAGCAGAGUUGCAUUAACUAUAUCUCAGCUUGCCGUCCUUAUUAUCGCUUCCUGUGUCGAACCAAGAUGCACGCUUUUCCCAAUAGCCAAUCACAUGGGCCUCGUAACGAUUCUAGAACACCUGCCCCUUUCGACCAGUCCGGCGGGACAGCUUGGCAUCGAAUUUACCCACAGCGAUGGUAUCUUCCAUCUGGGCAGGCAGCGAGAUAGAAUCCUAAUCGAGAAGUCGUUUCGCAAAAUUCCACGGCGAAGAAACCUCAAUCGGUAUCGAUCGAUCGCGCUUGAUCGAAUGUUAAAUAUUAGGUAGAGGUAGAGGUAGAUGCAAUCUUGGUUAAGGUCUGGUGCAAGUCCAAACUUACAAACUUACACCCACAAACAUCAGAGUAAGAAGGCCCGGGUGUUACAGGGCAGACUUUGAAGCCGAUAAGAGUUACCUGAGGCAAUACUUGCAAUAGAAAAUCUACAAGCUACAAAUCACCUCUCGUCCACAAGCCUACCUACUCUAAUAUUCGCUUAACGACACAUGGGCAUCAAGCAUUCUAGUCGAAGCCGAAGUAUUCUGUCGAUACUUCUACUUACCAUCAUCUUCACUUUAUCCUGGUACACGGUCCAUCCCGGUACUUGGUCCCCGGUCGCCGACGACGACGACGACAAGAUGGCAGACUCGGCCGACGACGUCAUCUCGAAGCUAAAGGUGUCAGUGCGCCAAGUCAGCGCGCGCCCGGCGAAACUGGCGAUUUCCGUCACCAACGCACACGACAGCCCGGUAACGAUCUUGUCGUGGAACUCUCCGCUCGACCCGCUGGCCGUGCAGCUGGGCGUCGUGUCCUUCUUCGCAGCAGCACCAGCACCAGCACCAGUACCCGCCGGUAGCGAGAACGACGAAGACGACAGUGGCGCGAGCCCCAUACAGAUACAGAUCCCGACGAUCCAGAUUAGGCGCAGGAUGCCUCCCGGGCCGGAAUCGCUCGUUACGAUCGGGGCGGGUCAGACGAGCGAGCAGGAAUUGGAAAUCAAGGGUCCGCCGCUGGAGAUGCUACGUGGCAGACGAGUGGCCGUCGUCUGCAGCGGAGAGUGGACUAGUGUCUGGCUGUCAGAGGCCGACGCUAUUACUAAGGUUUCCUUGGAGAAUGCUGGCGCCAGUGAGGAUGCGUUGAGAGGAAGCUUCCGAAGUGAGGCAGUUGAAAUAGAGCUUUGAAAGGGGGAGCUUGGUUUUUUGUGUCGGCACCUGAUCACCCGUUGUGUAUCCGUUAUUGUUUUACCUAAAGCCCUAAGAUCCUCCCGAGUUGGUGUUGAAGUUGGUGUAUUUCGCAAAUGGCAAAACAAAAGACAGAACCUUGUUAGUCGAGACGUCUCAAUGGUGGUUUAUAUAAGCAUCGGGCUAGAAUACGUGUUAUUCAAAUGAAUACCUGGUUGAAUAAAUACCCAAGAGACGGUGUGAAAUAUUUCUUGUUUGGAGGUUUAGUGUUGGUUACGUGUAAGGUGUAGGUGGGAGCAGUUGGGUAUUAAAGCGUCGGAUUGAGCCUGACGAAGUCGUUUUAUUCAUACGGUCUCUUAUUAGCCUAGAAGUAAGUAUACUGUACUAAAGGGAGACUGUUAGUUUGGUAGGGGCUUGGGGCCGUAUCGGGGGCCAGCAGCCGUUGAAAUUUGAACUUGGACAGUUGGACAGGUCGGAUUUCCAAGGUUGCAGAGAGAAACAAUCUUGCGAUACCAAGCAAUUUAUCUAAGUUUGUGUUCCUACAUUAAUAUGUACCUAAAUUGCCUCGGGAUUAAAUUAAUGCUCUCAGAAGAAUCUUAUUAAUAUGUAACAUAUAAAGUCAAUGAAUACCUAUACGGGUGGGGGGGGUUUCUUGACAUUGUUACCCC